AUGUCCUCUUCCGAGCUUCAGUACAUUGUCGAACUCAGUGGCCAACACUUGCUCCAUGUUCCCAAUACGGACAAUGAGAGCAUCCCUGUUUCCAAGCGCCUACAACUCUUGAGGGACAAAGCUCACGCAUGGUUCAAAGUUGACCCUAACUCUUUCAAAACAGUCUCUCUACCAAAGAACAUGUACCCUGACAAAAAGUUCGUCGCAGAUGGACAUAUCUACUUGUGGGAUAAAGAAGAGGACAUGGCCGCAAUCAUUCCAAUACUUCCAAAGCCCUCACAAAAAACAGUCAAGCGCAACUGGUCUCCAGGAACAUUAUUUUCAGUUCCUGACUCACACAACCUUGAUGUGUUCAUGGAUCCAGCACAAAACCUGAUCGCCAUUGCGUGUUCUGUCACUGAUAUACUCGACUUGGACUACGAGAGACUCUACAUCGGCCUCAGAGUCCUGGAUAGGGAUGGUGUUCACCCCCAAGCUGCUGGACAAACAUUGUUUUCGUCGAUACUGCUUGCAUCCAGGGAUGAAUACUUUGUUGCAGAGAGUGCCAAGCUCAAGGGAUUUGGGAGGCAUAUUGCUCUGUGCCGCUCAUUUGUGUAUCCAUUCGAGGAGGAGAUAUGGCAGCUGCAUAUUUGGGACUGGCAACACUCAACAAGAUCUAAUAGCGUCCUCAGUGGCACAAUUGACUUACCAAACUCGAUUGAUUUUUGCUUUCUCGGAGACAAUAGGUUGCUUGUUGUCACCGACGAGUUGAAGCUCUAUUCAAUUGAGGAUGUGUCCCAGACGCCACAAUUGCUGGCAUGCUUCAUAAUGCCCGGCCUAUAUCUGAAUAUCCAGUGCUUCCUUCCGAUGGACUAUAUUGAUAGCUCCCCACAGCUACAAGCCCAACAAGCUAUGCACACUUCAGAUCUCCAAAACCAGCUGCUAUGCAUUACCAUGGCAGCGAGUAGGACCUUCAUCAUUUCCACGAGGAUGUUCUUCAACCUUGAAGGAAUAGCAGCAGCAAUGCCAGUACCAUGGGAGUGCUGGGGUCCUUCAAAUACUCGUGUUUUUGAGCUCUCAGAUGAAUCCAAAGUUCAUGUUAGCGGGAAUUGA